AUGCCCCUUCUAUCAGGGGUUCAAGGCAAGCUGAUCCUCCUACUGCUUGCUGCAGUUAUCUUUUACGUCAUUUACGAGAAUUAUCGAACGUCCAGCAUCUCGUCAGUGCUGAUAUCGAAACAUGAUGAGGCUGGGAACCGGCCUGCUAUCCUUCAACUUCUGCGAGCUGAAGUUAAUCGCAUCCUCGGCGACGAGACAACGGGGGAUGAUGCUUCAGACGAGUCAUCCUCCCUGCUCCUGGACUUCAUUGAAAUCGAUGGUCUAAAUAUCAUCAUCAUCAUCAUCAUCAUCAUCAUCAUCAUCAUCAUCAUCAUCAUCAUCUCAUCAUCAUCAUCAUCAUCAUCAUCAUCAUCAUCAUCAUCAUCAUCAUCUUUCAUCAUCAUCAUCAUCAUCAUCAUCAUCAUCAUCAUCAUCAUCAUCAUCACCACCACCACCACCACCACCACCACCACCACCACCACCACCACCACCAAAAUCCCACCAAAAUCACAUUGUAUGUGCUAUCAUGAUUCAUUAAAAGUAGCCGCUUGA